AUGGCUUGGUGGCUGGAGUUGGUUGAAGCGGCUAGGGUUGAGGCGGAGCGGAAGAAGGUGGAGGAGCUAGCUGCAGCCCAGGCCGAAGCCAUAGAGAAGUACAAGGGUUCUAAAGGGUUCAAGACCCUUGUGCUCGAUGCGAUGUGGCGUCCUUCUCCCAUUCCUUUUGGUCUGGAGUUGCUAUUCACAUUCCCUUUGUCUACCAACGCCACGAGUCCUUCUGAUGCCGAGGCGAGGGGAGGUGCCGAUGCCAGUGGAGGUGAGUCGACCCUAGAUGCCAAGGCUACUGUCUAG